UACUGCAAUAAUCUCCAGAGAUGUUCUGCCGAUCUUUUUGCCUCUUCGGUCUGUGUCUUUUCCUUCCAACUGAAAGGAGGGCCUCCUUGGCUCACCUGCCCGACAUGCACAGUGGUGACACGACAUCCCUCCCUGGAUUUGAGAACCUCACCAUGGGAUACAACAAAUACCUCCGGCCCUACUUUGGUGGAGAACCUGUUCAAAUUGCAAUGAGUCUGGACGUCGCAAGUAUUUCCAGUAUAUCUGAGAGUGACAUGGAUUACACAGCCACCAUCUAUCUGCGGCAGCGCUGGACGGACCCCCGGUUGGUCUUCCAUGGCAACAAGAGCUUCACGCUGGAUGCUCGCCUGGUGGAAUUGCUCUGGGUGCCCGACACGUACAUUGUAGAGUCCAAAAGGUCCUUCCUGCAUGACGUGACAGUGGGGAAUCGCCUCAUCAGACUAUUCUCUAAUGGGACCAUCCUGUACGCCUUAAGAAUUACUACUACCGUUGCUUGUAACAUGGACCUGUCAAAAUAUCCCAUGGACACACAAACGUGCAGACUGCAACUCGAAAGCUGGGGGUACGAUGAAAAUGAUGUAGUGUUCACGUGGCUGAGAGGAAAUGACUCGGUCCAUGGCAUAGAAAAGUUGCGCCUCUCUCAGUACACGGUGGAGCGUUACUACACCUUCGUCUCCAAGUCCCAGCAGGAAACAGGCAGUUACCCACGACUGAUCCUGCAGUUUGAGCUGAGAAGGAAUGUCCUUUACUUCAUUUUGGAGACCUACGUUCCCUCUACUCUGCUCGUCAUGUUGUCCUGGGUUUCUUUUUGGAUCACGCUGGAUUCAGUCCCUGCGAGAACCUGCAUUGGAGUAACGACAGUGCUUUCCAUGACAACUCUGAUGAUCGGCUCACGAAGUUCGCUUUCAAAAACCAACUGUUUUAUUAAGGCCAUUGAUGUUUACCUCGGCAUCUGCUUCAGCUUCAUCUUUGGUGCCCUUGUGGAAUAUGCAGUGGCUCACUACAGCUCAUCACAAAAAUGUGCAGCUAAAGCACCUCAAGAGGGGCCUGCCAAUGAACUUACUAAAGAAAUGGAAGAAGUCAACAUCACCAACAUCCUCAACAGCUCCAUCACCAGCUAUAAGCGGAAAAUCAGCUUCACAAGCAUUGAGAUUUCUAGCGAUAAUGUCAACUGCAGUGACCUGACCAUGAAAACUCAUGAGAAAAUCAAAUUUGUCUUGAGAAACAAAAUGCACAGGAUUAUCAAUUAUUUCACUAUUCAGAACCCCAGCAAUGUAGACCAUUACUCUAAAUUGCUUUUCCCUUUGUUCUUCAUGUUGGUCAAUGUGUUUUACUGGGCUUAUUACCUCUAUUUUUAGAAGUGGGUUGUUUGGUUCUCCCGCUUCAGCAGAACAGGAAUCCUGCCAGGGGGCAUCUUGGUAUCUAACCUCAGUGAAUCCAACGUGAACAAAAUGCUCUGUUGUAUUUCCUGGGAUGUGAAGCAGAAGAACGUGGGUAUGUGAGAUGCAAAACCCUGGUGUUUCAGCAGCAGUGACAUUGACCCUGGGCUCUUGCCUGCUCAGCUGAGUCUCUGUGCUGGGCGCCUAUGCUUGUACCUGCCUUUCAUUUCAGCGUCCAGCCUCUCAUCUGCACUGGAGAUGGGUGUGUAGGACCACAUGCGGCAGGUUACUAAGCACCAGAGUUAGCAAAAUUACCCUGGUUACCUGAAACAGGUUGCAACCUUCUAGUUUAGAUCUCCAUGACGAUGUAGGAUUAUCAAUGUUAUUCUGUGUUUGCAAGAGAUAACAGUGACAGAGGGACCGUGCUGUCUUGAUGGCUCCUCUGUUCAAGCAGCUGAGGCCAAAGGCGGCAGGAUGCGGUGCGUAGAGAGGAACGGUUCCCCUGCCCAAUGGCACUUCCCUGUCCCAGGGUAGUGUAGGGCCAGAGCAAAAAUUUUGGGGGUGCUGGGAUCAGCGCAGUCAUAUGCUUGCCUGGAGCGAGUGGCAGGCUUACUGGGGUAAUCCGUGCUCACUGAAGGAUCCAGCUCUGACACAGACGGAGGGCUGUUCAUAGCUAUUUGCAGAGCUCGGGGUUUUUUCCAGCUAUUUGGGAGCAGGAAAUAGGGGCAGCAGCACUGUCUCGUAACCCAGCUCUCGUACUCUGCCUGUUUUGCUGGUUACUGUUGUGCCGCAGUCAAGCAGAUUCAGCCACCUUCCACGUUUUCAUAGGUCACCUUUCACACUGGAGAGCAUCUCCUCCUGCUCUCGCUGCUCCUGUUUCUUGCUAGCCAUAUGCAAGAGCAGCCAGCUUGUCCUCCCGUCUUUUCUGUGGUGGAGCAUCAGCAGUACUGCUGGGUGCAGACCAACGUACGAUGAUCCAAAUCGGCCUUUCGCUCUAGCCUCUUGGCGUAGCUGAUGCGGUAAGUACCUGCCCCAGAUUCCUGCUCAAAAAAAUUGCACUCCUGGUAUCGCGUGUACUAGUUUUCUGGCAAACCUGGUUCAUAUGUACAGGCUCCUUUUGACACGCAGGUGGGUGACAAGUAGCGCAUGCCAAAAACACUUUGGGGCACAGCACGCGUUUCUCAGUAAAGUGUGAGAGACACUGAGUGGUAAGGGUGCCGUGGGAACGGAAAGGAGUGAUUUUAGAUUCCAGCCCUUUUGCGAAUUGUAUGUUUCUGAUUCCUCCAGUGAAAAAUGGGAAAGGCAAAAACCUGACAUGCAAGGGAUUAAUUUGGCUUGAAACAGACAGUUUGUUGUCUUUACACAGUACCUUUGCAAAGCUUUUCUAUAAAGGGUAAUGGUCUGCUCAAGUGAAAAGUCGCGCCAACUCCAUGCAUACCUCAAACACCUCGACCAAGCCAAGAGGAAGAAGCUAUAAACUAAACAGAGUUGUGCAUUAAAAUAUUAUACUAGAAGGUCAGUCCAACUGUUGACCACGCCUUCUUGUUGAGCAAGAUUUGCCUGGUGUGCUCUGCUUGGGAAAGAAGGCCUAUUGUCAAGGUAGUUCAGUCUGUAAACCAGACGCACUACUGCUUUAAAUGAGACCUUUGCAGGCCUUGGCUCAAAGUGCUUUCUGUUCC